AUGAUGUUUUGGGGAUUAAGUGAAGCAAGAGAUAUUUUCGAUGAAUACAUUACUGCAAUUAAGCAGCGACCAAAGAAGCUUGACAUUUUAUUUUAUGGACUUGGAGAUUCAGGACAUGUGCUUAAAACUAUUUCAAAAUUUUAUUUCCACAAUGCUCACGAUAUUGAAUUUAACUUUUACAUCCUUGAAGGAUGUCCUGAACUGCUUGCUAGAGAUUUAGCAUUGCUGACUGUCGCCUUUGAAAGUGAUGAAAACUUAUCGAUAAAUGGAAAAACUCAGUUGUAUAUGGACAUAUUUGGCAAUAGCUUGCUUCAUUCAACAUCCAGCAUGUAUCUUAACUCAAAAAGUGAAAUUUUCAUCAAAAUGAUAACUGACAAGAGCUAUGCUAGACAAUUUUUGCCGAUAUUCAUACUUGAUAAUCUAAAAUACAAAGAACGUGAUCAGAUGGAAAUGGCUUUCACAUUUUGGAAGAAUAAGAAGGAACACAUUUAUGACAUUAAAAAGUAUUGGGAUGAUCAGAAUAGAUUGCAAUUGAAAGAACGGUAUGAUUAUAGGAAUGGAGCCUUUGAUUGGGACUUACAAAUGAGACUAAAGAGCAAUGGAGCUAAGCAAAUCUGUACUCAAGAAUAUAAGCAUUGGCGUGAAAAUGGCGUUGCCUUUACAUUCCCUGAAUUCGAAUAUGCCAUGCCGAACAAGACUUUUGCGAUGGAAAUUUGUCGUAGUGGAAAUAAAUGGUUCCAUCGUGGAUAUGUUGGAGAUAUGAGUACUGGACCUUUUAUCACUUUUGGAAUUGAUUGUUCUGAGGAGAAAAUGCUUAAAUCUAAUUUUGGAACCAAUGAAUGUCGUUCAACUGAUAUAACUGAAAGAAAUCUUUAUGAGAUAAUGUGGGAAAUGAAGCAUCAGACGAAAUAUGAUCCAAAAAAUGAUAAUAAGAAUUUCCGUAAAUUAGGUGCAGUCACAUUAAAAGUUGGCGAUAACCCAUGUGCCUCUCGUUCAUUUGAGGAUGCAGAUAUGAAUCUCAUGAUAUAUGACAAGCCGUUAAUGUCAUUUGAUAACGUUAAAAUUCAUUUUUUAUCAGUAGAUGACAUUCUUAAUAUUACUAAGAAGCAUCAGUUCCAACAUAAAUUUGAUGUCGUUUUUGUAGCACAUAACUAUUUUUCGUUCCUUAAAGAUGACUUUCUGGAAAUUCUCAAAACUCCGUCAUUUGUCAUGUUCGAGACGAAAAAGUUUAGCGUCAUGAAAAGCGAAGAAAUAUCCAAAAAUAUCGAGGAAAUCAAGGGCUUUGCCAAAAAUAUUAGUUUAAAGCCUGUAACAAACUUUUCAUUGAAUCUCGUCAACUCCGUAAUUAAAUAUAAGAAAAUCGAAUAA